AUGUGGGGCGGCGGGGGUAAAAAGGCCUCCGAGGGUAAAAAGCCCUCCGCAGGGGGUAAAAAGGCCUCCGCAGGGGGUAAAAAGGCCUCCGGAGGGGGCUCCGGGGGUCGUAAGGGCACCCUAAUCCCGACGGAGACCGUAGGCCGGCGGCAAAGCGUCUUCAGGGACUCCAUCGCGUGGGCCUUCGGCGGGCGCACCGCCGCCUCCUCCCAGAGCGGCUCCAGCCUCUCCUCGGAGCUGAGCUCGGAGCAGGACUCGUCGGCCGCCUCGGCCCUCUCGCACCUCUCCGUGUCGACGCUGCUAAACCUCUCCGGGCCCAUCGUCGUCGCCACUGCCGAAAAGCCCAAGGCUGAGAAGGCCCGCUCGCUCCUCAGGCUUUUGUUGAAAAGUCAAAAGAGUCCUGAAAGUUCAGGAUCUGAACUGGCCAGCUCUGAUGUCCAUAGCUUAGUUCCUUGUGGUGAUGUGGUUGGCUUGCUGGCAGUUAGUGUGAAGCAGUUGAAAGAUUUUACGCCCAAAUUCAAUGUUAAGCGAGAUACCAACUUACUGGUUCGCAUCAGUAUUGACAAGAUAAUGAAAUGCACGAAUCCUCAAGUUUAUAGAGCAACCCAUAAAGUCAGCAAGAAGAUCACUUCAGUUAAUUUUGGAGAUGCUUAG